GCAUAGUGCAUAUCAAGUGCAAUUUAGUUUGAAAAAAAAUUUAUAUGUUUAUCAAUCAAAUCACAAGUCUUCUUCUCCCAUCAUGAUUCACGAGUAACUCACGACUUAAAUUGAGAAACACAACACUAGCACCUACUCUUGUUCCUCCUGCACCAGAUCGGAUUUGCCGCAGUACAAUUAGAUCUCUCAAUUUCUAAGUUCAAUUAUCCGAUCAUCGGAAAACCCUAGAAUUUUGCUACGCCGGUGAAUUUUGAUCGUCGGCAAUACAAUGGCUCCUCCUCCAGCUUAUCAAUCUCAGCGAUCUCCUUCCCCUUCUCAACCUUCUGGGAAAAGUGAAGUUUCAGAUUUGAGGUUUCAACUACGCCAACUUGCAGGCAGUCGUGCACCUGGAGCUGAUGAUUCGAAGCGUGAGCUCUUCAAGAAAGUAAUCUCGUACAUGACCAUUGGUAUUGAUGUUUCAUCGGUUUUUAGUGAAAUGGUCAUGUGCUCUGCUACUUCAGAUAUUGUUCUGAAGAAAAUGUGCUAUCUGUAUGUGGGGAAUUAUGCAAAGUACAAUCCUGAUCUUGCGCUUCUCACUAUUAAUUUUCUUCAAAGGGAUUGCAAGGAUCAGGACCCAAUGAUUCGGGGUCUUGCCUUGAGGAGUCUUUGUUCGUUGCGUGUUGCUAAUUUGGUUGAGUAUUUGGUUGGUCCAUUGAGCUCAGGGUUGAAAGAUGGUAGCAAUUAUGUGAGAAUGGUUGCUGUCAUGGGUGUCUUAAAACUGUAUCAUAUUUCUGCUGCAACUUGUAUUGAUGCCGAUUUUCCUUCAGUGAUCAAGCAUAUGAUGCUCAAUGAUUUGGAAACCCAGGUUGUUGCCAACUGUUUGUUAGCCUUGCAAGAAAUAUGGAGUGCAGAAGCAAGUUCGUCUGAAGAAGCAUCUAGGGAGAGAGAUGCUUUGCUCAGCAAGCCAAUUAUAUAUUAUUUCCUGAAUCGGAUUAGAGAAUUCAGUGAAUGGGCUCAAUGUCUUGUGCUCGAAUUGGUUGCUAGAUAUGUGCCAUCUGAUAGCAGUGAAAUAUAUGACAUCAUGAAUCUUCUCGAGGACAGGCUUCAGCAUGCUAAUGGUGCUGUUGUUUUGGCCACCAUUAAGGUGUUUAUGCAUUUAACCUUGUCCAUGACUGAUGUUCAUCAACAGGUGUAUGAACGUAUUAAAGCUCCUCUUAUAACCCUGGUCAACACUGGGAGUCCAGAACAGUCUUACGCGGUGUUGAGCCAUCUUCAUCUGUUAGUGAUGCGUGCACCAAUGCUGUUUUCGUCGGAUUACAAACAUUUCUAUUGCCACUAUAAUGAACCAAUUUAUGUGAAAAAGUUGAAGCUUGAAAUGUUGACUGCUGUUGCGAAUGAGGAUAAUACAUAUGAAAUUGUAACUGAGCUAUGCGAGUAUGUUGCUAAUGUUGACAUUCCGAUUGCCCGUGAAUCUAUUCGAGCUGUUGGGAAGAUAGCAUUGCAGCAGUAUGAUGUGAAUGCAAUUGUUGAUAGGUUACUUCAGUUUCUGGAGAUGGAAAAGGACUAUGUGACAGCUGAAACCCUUGUCCUUGUUAAAGAUUUGCUGCGGAAGUAUCCUCAAUGGAGCCAUGAUUGCAUUGCUGUUGUUGGAAGCAUCAGUAGCAAGAAUGUUCAAGAGCCGAAGGCUAAGGCAGCUCUUAUUUGGAUGCUUGGGGAGUACGCACAGGACGUGGCAGAUGCUCCUUAUGUGUUGGAGAGUAUGAUUGAGAACUGGGAAGAGGAGGAUUCUGCAGAGGUUCGUUUGCACCUGCUUACAGCAUCAAUGAAGUGCUUCUUUAGAAGGGCACCUGAAACUCAAAAGGCUCUGGGAGCAGCACUGGCAGCUGGCAUUGCUGAUUUUCACCAGGAUGUCCAUGACAGAGCUCUAUUCUACUAUAGGCUUCUUCAGCAAAGUACAUCAAUAGCUGAAAAGGUGAUAAAUCCUCCUAAGCAAGCUGUGUCAGUGUUUGCUGAUACUCAGAGCAGUGAAAUCAAAGAUCGUAUUUUUGAUGAAUUCAACAGUCUCUCGGUUGUAUAUCAGAAGCCAUCUUACAUGUUCACUGAUAAGGAACACCGAGGGCCAUUUGAGUUUUCUGAUGAACUUGGAAAUUUAUCCAUUGGAGCGGAUUCUUCUGACAAUGUAGUUUCUGUUGAGAGAGUUGAGGCCAAUGACAAGGAUCUCCUCCUUAUCACAACAGAUAAGGAUGACAGUACAGCUUUCAGUAACAAUGAUGCUGGUUAUAGUGCUCCUCUUAUCGAUGCAUCUUCAGGACCUCUUGUUGCUUUAGAUACACAACCAGUGGUACAAACCGCACAGGCUAGUAUGGCUAUUGAUGAUUUACUUGGUUUAGGUUUCUCCACACCUGCUCCUACUCCUGCUCCAGCUCCACCUUCUCUACAACUUAAUGCAAAGGCUAUUAUAGGUCCUGGGACUUUCCAGCAAAAAUGGCGUCAGUUACCUAUAUCUUUAUCACAGGAAACCCAGUUGACUCCUCAAUUUGUUGCGGCAUUAACCACACCUCAAUCCCUUCUCCGGCAUAUGCAAGCGCACUCUAUACACUGCAUUGCCUCUGGUGGUCAAGCACCAAAUUUCAAGUACUUUUUCUUUGCUCAGAAAGCCGAGGAUACAUCCACAUUUUUUGUAGAGUGCGUCAUCAAUACUUCAUCGUGUAAAGCUCAAAUAAAGAUCAAAGCUGAUGACCAAAGUACAUCGAAUGCAUUCUCAGAUUUGCUUCAGUCAGCGUUGUCCAAAUUCGGCAUGCAUUGAGUACGAGAAAUCAUCGUCUUGUUUUAUAUUAUUAUUCUUCUUUGUACCUGGUUUUGCUCUUUUUCCAUCUCCCUCUCCUGCAGUUACUCUUUUUGUAGAUGCCGAAUGUUGUAUAAUGUGUAACAUAACAAACUUCUAUCAGAUUUAGCAUCCUCUUUAGCUUCAACACUCUUAUUCAACAAUAAUAGUUUGAGCUCGAAACUUUUAUCGCGGAA